GUUUUUAACUUUGUAUAUUUUUUUUUGCCAGCCAUAUCCAUAUCCAUAUCAUAUCUGGAUGGCAUUUACAUAUGGACAUUUUGAGCCCCACAAGCGCACACUAAGCACAUUUUAAUUAAGACGCAGCGCCAGUUUGCCUCGGCUUCUGAUCAGUUUCGGGUUCUGAGCGCUGAGUUCCGAGUUCUGGGCUGUGGGUUCUGGUAUUCAGUCUUGAACUAGGCGCGCCUGCGAAAGAUGUGCGCCGGGGAGCGGCGGCUCCACCGAUCUAAGUAAUCCAGGGCCUCGGAGAUAAGCUGAUAGAUACCUCGACAUCAUGUGCUGUUGGUGUGCACGUGUCUAUUGGACGGUUCUGCAUAAUCUGCUGCUCCGGAUGCUGGACAGUCUGAUGGAGUUGCGGCUGAGAUCGAUGGUCAUGUGCGGCUGUUGUGCCGGUUAUCAGCGACAGGCCGGCGAAGGCGAAGGUGACGUUGCCGCUGUGGAACGGGUUUCCAGCACUGAUGACGAUCAGCGCCAGCAAGAUUACGUCAUUGUGGAAGAUGAUGAUGCCACCUACACGGAGAUCGAGGAGCGGCAUGUGGAAACGGAGCAGUACUACUUCACCGUGGAUCGAGCCACUGCGGAACGAAUGCUCCAAGGCAGGGAGGAUGGCUCCUGCCUGGUUCGUCCCUUCAAGGCAGCCGAUCAGUGCAUCCGUUACAUAGUCAGCAUUUGGGCCUCGGACCAGUACUACCACCUGUUUGUCCGACAGCUGGACAGGAGACAGCGCUAUGCCAUUGGCCAGCGAAAGUCCGGAGAGCGGUACUUCGGUUCCCCCUCCGAAAUAGUGGAAUUUUACUCGGAACACCCGCUGCUGUGCACCAACAAGAGCGUGAGCCAGUGCAUCCGUCUAAGUCCCAUUAGUUACGCUUAGUUUGGGUCACAAAA